GAGGUAUAACAUUAUAGUAUUAUGAAAUCAGUAUGUCUGAGUAAACCGUCAACCGUAAAAGAAUAACAAUUUUUUGUUUGUGAAACCGUGACCUAAAGCUCGGUUUAAAUUGAUUGUGUGAUUUUCAGUUCAAUUUAUUUCAAUCGUUUCACAUACUUUCUGUUGUAAGAUGUCGAGAAAACGACCGAAUAAUGAGAAAUUGUCUACGUCCAGUAAACGGAGGCAUGUUUCAUCAGACGAUGAGGAAUCGGAUGAUGCCGAAAUGCAAAUGGUUGAUACAUCGGUUCAAUUGAAAAUGAAUCCGAUAGCCAAUCGAAGUGGCAAAAUCAACAAAAUCAUUUUGAAGAAUUUCAUGUGCCACAGCAAUUUGGUGAUCGAAUUUAAUAAAAAUGUGAAUCUCCUCAUCGGAAACAAUGGAUCCGGCAAAAGUGCCAUUCUAACAGCAUUGAUUGUGGGAUUGGGAAGCAAGAGCAGCGCAACGAGUCGCUGCACAAACAUUGCACAACUGAUCAAACGUGGUGAAACGUCUGGUUCGGUAGUCAUUCACAUUGCUAACAAUUGCGAACAGGGAUACGAUCGUGAAACGUACGGUCCGGAAAUCAUUGUUCAACGGACAUUCUCGAGCAGUGGCUCGUCGUCUUAUCGAAUAAAAAAAUCGUCCGGUCAAUUGGUGACGAGCAGCCGUAAAGACUUGAUGAAGAUUUUGCUGUUUAUGAACAUUCAAGUGGACAAUCCAGUCUGUGUGUUGAAUCAGGACGCGUCCAGAGCAUUUCUGAAGGAAUCCGAUCCAAAGAAAAGAUUCAAAUUCUUCCUAAAGGCAACCCAAAUCGACACAGUCAUUGAGAAGCUGAACGAUUGUAGCAGUCAUUACGUGUCGGCCAAAAAACAAUUGGAGUUCCAGAAAAAUGUGGUCGUUUCGCUGAAAGCGGAACUGGAAAAAAUUCAGACCAAAUUCGAUUCACUGCAAUCGAUUGGUUAUCUCAAGAAAACACUGGCCGGUUACAAAGCUGAACUCGUAUGGCUGAAGGUUGAAAAUGAGGAAAAGCUGCAGGCGGAAAUCACGGAAACGCUGAACAAAUAUCAAAAAGUCUAUGACAAUCUGAUGGAAGCGAUUAAUAAUCGUCAGACCGGUGACAGCAAUCGUGCAGCCAGAUGUGAAUUGCUGGGCCAGCAAAUCAACGAAUUGAAAAGGGAGAUGGGCAUCGAUACGGCGCAGAAAGAUCAAAUGCGACGUGCCAUUGCGAGAGAGGAAGAAUCCAGAAAUGAGGUCGCUCGAAACCUGCAAAAAAUUCAAAAGAAAUUGGAAACCAUUCUGAAGAAUAUCAAACAGUUGGAGAACGAUAUGUCGGAAUCGAGUGAAUCGCAAAGGGGACGCAUCGCAAUGGAAAAGGAAGCAAAUGGAAAGAAGCUGGAAAUUCUCAAGCAGAAGAAGGACGAAUGUUCUUCAAUCAAACAAAACGUUGCACGCGACAUUGAGAUGAUGCGAAAUACAAAAACCAAAUUGGAAGAAACUAUCUCCAACUUGCAGGACAAACGCUUCCCAAUGUCCCGCGAAGCAGAUAAGAUCAAAGCAGAGAUCCGUCAGUGUGAAUCGAGUAAGAAUUCGCUGUCGCUGUUCGGUGCGUUUAUGCCGGAGUUAAUAAACGCAAUCGAACAAAUGCAUCGAAAAGGUGAAUUCCGUCAGAUGCCCCGUGGCCCGCUGGGCAAUUACAUUGAAGUGGUCGAUCACAAGUUCAAAGGACCAGUGGAAGCAAUCAUCGGCAAAAAAUUAUUUUCGUUUGUCGUGGACAGUGCCAAAGAUCGGGAAGUACUCAAUCGAAUAAUGGCAAAAAUUGCUGUCCGACAUCCGGAUGUCAAACAUUGUUCGAUCAUAUCCAUGCGAUUCAAAGAUGAUGUGUAUGACAUCAGUGAUGGUAAGGUGGAAUCCGUGCCAAACGGUCACUGUGUUUUGGAUGUGAUCCGAUGCAGUGAUCCUGUCGUUACGAACGUGUUGAUCGAUCAUUGUAAACUGGAACAAAUUUUACUGGCCGAUGAUCAACACACCGCAUUCAAUUUCACAUCGAGUGUGGAGAAUGUGCCGCAGAAUCUGUUCAAAGUAAUCGUCCUCGAUCCUCCGACCGAAAUGUAUCCGGCGCCGAAUCUACGAACGUACGCAUUGAAGAAAAUGCAGCCGCGCUACUUGCAAGUGAAUAUGGAACAACGCAAGCGGGACCUGACGAACGAUUUGCGUGAUCUCGAUGAGCGUUUAGUGAAAUUAAACGACGAAAUCCGUAGAGAAAACCAAAAGAAAACCGAAUUUGCAAAGACGUUAGCCGAGAAAACUGCCGCCGAAGACAAGUUCGAUGAUAAGCUACGUGCAUUAACACAGCAAAUCAAUCAGCUUGAGAGAAUUGAGUAUCCCGGUGAAAAUGAACGGGGAAUGUUGGAAAGCGAACUGCGAGAACUCACUCGUACACGGGACGAACAUGAAAAAGAGCGGGAAAUAGUUAAGAAACGUGUCGAUGAAAUGCAGGCAGCUAUCGAUGAAAAGCGGAAGGAACUCACUCUCAUCGAACAGAAUAUUCAAAAUAAAUCGGACAAAAUUGGCGAGAAACAGAUGGAAAUCAACAACGAGAAUGAUCUGGAUGCCGAAGAAGCUGCAAACGCAAACGCUGAACAACGGAAAGUUUCCAAAAUCAAAGGCGACUUGGAGAAGUUACAGGCUCAAGAACGAGAAUGCGAUAAAAAAUUGAAGAGUCUCAUUGCGACCGCAAACAACCAAUCCGCAAGGGUUCCGAUCACAAACACUCCGGAGUUUCUAACGGCGAAAAUUAAGGAAACCGAAAAAAUCAUCAAAACCGUCACCGAAUCAUCGGAUUCUUUGGAAGCAGUGGAACAGGCUUUGGAACUGAAGUCUACGGAAUAUACCGAUAAAAAGGAAUUGAUCGACCAUUUGGAGAAAACUCUGGCCAAGUUGAAAUCCUCGCGCCAAAAUCGAUAUAUGUGGCUCUUGAAAUUCAAAAGUCAUGUUUCACUCCGCGUUCAGCACGAGUUCAAUAAAGUAAUGAAAUUGCGCAACUACGAAGGUACCAUAUCGAUUGAUCAUCAAAAAGAGCUGUUGGAAUUGUCGGUCAUUCCACGAGAUAAGAACAUCGCCAAUUCUGUAUCCAGUGCAAAUUGCUUAUCGGGUGGCGAACGCUCAUUCAGCACGGUGGCUUUCUUAUUGGCAUUGUGGUCCGUUGUGGACUCGCCAUUCUAUUUUCUUGAUGAGUACGACGUUUAUACGGACGCCAUCAACCGAUAUUACAUGACUACGCUGUUGUUGGGAGAAGCAAAGAAGAAGCAGCACCGUCAAUACACAUUCCUUACGCCACAAGAUAUGUCGGAAAUUGUGGCUACUAAUGAACUCAGCAUUCAGAGAUUGGCUGAUCCGAUUCGGAAAUGAAUCACUGAGUGACGCUUGCAUCGCUUGCAUCACCGUAUACCACUUUUUAAGUUUUUUCUUUGUUUUUUGUACAGCUGAAGAAUAAAAACCAAAUUUCCUU